UAUAUUCAACUGACUUCUUCACCACAAUCAUCAGCUUAAAGAAGGUACAUAAAUUAUGUAAUUUUGUUUUUUGUAACAAUAUAUAAAUAUUGAUAAAUAUGUACAAUUUAAGCAAAAAAAAUGUAACACCACCCAUUACAGCGACCCAUUUGUAACCUACUGUACAGCAGAGUGGGUGCCACUAGCCCACCUUUUUCUGUCAAGAGUAUUCAAAUACGUGUUUUAAAUGUAAGUAGGUAUCUGUAUAUUAUCUGUAUUUGAAUACUUUUAAAAAUUAUAAUAUUUUACAAGACUGCCUAUUAUCACAUAUUUAUUUUAUGUAGUUUUUCAAUCUCUACCCAGGUAUUAUAAUGGUUGUAGAUUCACCGCAUGUUCCACUAUAAAAAUAUGUUACCGAACGACAAAAGCAUAUAUCGGUACGAUAUCAACGGCAAUAAUAAUUGUUUGAAAGUGCACCUAUAUAUAGGUACACGCAUAUACACAAUGUAAUGAAAAGUUGAGUUAUUUUUACAAGUGUCGUAGAUAAAAUGAGUCGAACGAGUUCAGUGACGCGCGGUGAAGUGGCUGUAAAACUACCUACGUCAGAUCAGGGCGAAAAAUAAUAUUAUUAUGUGACUCUAUACUCUGCAGCAGUCUCGACGAAUAACAAUAAUUGGAUAGUUACUAAUAACGGUAAGUACCUACCUACUCACGACUCUGAGUAAUAUAAUAUUUAUAUAUAUCAUUUCUGCACGAAACGCCGAGACUCGAAUCGAUAGCACAGGAAAUAUAUUAUAUUUAUAGAUUUGUACGUCUUUUGAUUUUCGAACAAAACGAGCGUCGCAUUAAAAUCCGUUUUUUUUUUUACGAUAUUUUUCUUCUUUACAUUUACCUCCUAAAUAAAGCAGCGGGAAAAAUGAAAAUAAUUUUCCUAGAACCGAAUCGAAAAGAAAACAAUCGUCAUUUUAACCACCGAUAUUAAUAAUAAUUAUCAGCAAACAUUAUUUAACGUAACUUCGUUGUUACCUACGUCUAUUGUUCCAACCGAGCGUUUUGUUUUAAACGUAAAUUCGAGUCGAAAAAUAUUACUGCACACUACAACUUACUGUUGUAACUUUAAUAUUGCUAUUGUUGUACGAUGUUGUGUACUCAUUAUUAUUAUUUUCCGCAAAUAUUUAUUACGGCGUAGGCCGAGUGGACGAAAAUAAUUGGCCUUGAAACGUACCCCUCACAUAAUAUUAUAAUUCUUGUCCGUUGUGUAUACGCCGUGUCCGUUCGCGAUUCCUGUCCGAAUGUUUUUUCUUCCUCCUUCUUCCGGUUAAGGGUUACGACGGUGGGAGGGUGGGGGCGGGGAGUGGGCGCAGUAGGUCGUAUAGUCUCGUACCGCGUUUCGAGUGGGUUUUGAUGACGUAAUUAAUAACGAGCUUUCGGGUGUUUUUAUCCGAAACGACACUAAUUCCGAGGUCAUUAAGCUUCGCAGUUUUGGGGCUCCCCGGGGAGAGAUGGAGAGAGGAAACGUCUGCGUGUGGUCUCAAAUCCCCCUAGCUCGCGGGAUCAAAACGUGAUUUUUCACCCUUGGCUGUGGAGAAAAUCGAGAAAUGGCGCAGCGCAGGUUGCGGUGGAGGCGGCCAAGUCACCGUAGGGUAAGACGUCGGCGGUGCCUUGAUGGUGGGUGGCGGCGUGGGGUUUUCAUUCCGCGGAAAGUCGGCGACUCGUGUAAAUCAUCCCUGUUGCCAGAUUAACGAGAAUUCGGGCGUCAAUCUUUUUCGGUCGCGCAGCUGCUACGAUUUCUCACGCAACUCUUGCGGGAAAUAAUAAUUUAUAAAACGUCCGGUUCUCCACGCAGGUUGACAAUACUUCAAUUAAAUGCCGUAGCGUACCGCAACUGCUAUAUAUAUACUCUGUUCCACGAGAGAGUAUACUCGUUUUUUCGUCCGUCGCUGCGCAUCCCCCACCAUUUUCGCCCGUUCGGUUACGAUCGUCAACUGCUCGGCCCGGCGGUCGGCAACGACUCCUCUCAUACGUAGCGUUUAACAUUUACAGCGAUUGACACGACAUCCACGUGAUAUCGCAACCACGCACAACGCUCUUCCUGUAUGUACUCGUAAUACGUGAUACACGCCUGCAAUUUUACUCCGCAACGCGCCGUUUUUUUAAUUUACUGUUAAUCAUGCAAUUUUCCGAUGAAGAAGAUGAACCAACCGCAUCAGCUUUACCAACACCAUCGCCCGUUAAAAAGAAUAAAGCAGGAAAGUUUGUCGGGACCUGCCAAAAGACCAUCAUCAUUAAUUUGUACAAAAAAUAUCUUCUUCAACAACCAAAAAUGAAAUACAUAGAUAUAAUGAUGUCGUUGUCAAAUGAUACAGGGAUUGGUAUAACCACUGUAAAAAGAACAAUUCGGGAUUACAGACAAAAAGGUGUAGUUUGUUCACCUAACAAAAAAAAACAAAGAUUAACCAUCAUCGAGAAAAUUGAAGAUUUUGAUAAGAAUGCUAUUCGGCAAAAAAUACAUGGAUUCUGGUACAGGCAUGAAAUACCUACGUUAAGUAAAGUGUUGGUUGCCAUUAACGAAGAUUCGAGUCUUCCAACUUUAUCUCGUACUGGUUUGUAUCGGCUGUUGGGAGAUUUAAAUUUUGAAUUCACUAAAAGACAGCGUAAUAGUGCACUAACAGAGAGGGAAGAUCUUAUAAGGUGGCGCAGGAAAUUCAUUACAAAUAUAAGGCUCUAUAGAAGUGAAGGUCGAACAAUUUAUUAUCUCGAUGAGACGUGGGUCAAUGCAGGUGAGUGUGCAAAUAAAGUGUGGGUCGACAAAACCGUAACAUCGAGUCGUGAUGCUUUUUUGAAAGGACUGACUACGGGACCCAAAAAUCCAACAGGUAAAGGAAAACGAUUGAUUGUGGUACAUAUAGGUUCAUCAAACGGUUUCGUCGAGGGUGGUCUACUGUGUUUUGAAUCAAAAAAAAAUACAGCAGACUACCACGACGAAAUGAACGGUGAUUCCUUUUAUGAUUGGUUUUGUGGAAUUUUACCGCUGUUGGACGAUAAUUCAAUUAUCGUAAUGGAUAAUGCGUCUUACCACUCGGUCAAGCUGGAUCCCGCACCAACAAUGGCUUGGAAGAAAAAUAAAAUCAUUCAGUGGUUGGAGGAUAAGAAUGUAGUAGUUGACACGAAAAUGAUUAAACUAGACUUAAUCGAUAAGGUAAAAGAGAUUCGAGCCACUGAAAAGUAUGUUAUUGAUGAAAAAGCAAUGGAAACAAAUAAAAUUGUCCUGCGUUUGCCACCUUACCACUGUGAGUUGAACCCAAUAGAAUUGGCAUGGUCUGUGGUAAAAAAUCAUGUGAAGCAGAAUAAUACUACGUUCAAAUUAAAUGAUGUACGGCAAUUGCUGAUCGAUGGUGUUCAACGAGUUACUCCGGAAAUGUGGGCCAAUUUUGUAAAACACACAAUUAAAGAAGAGGAUAAGAUGUGGGGUAUUGAGACCAUUACCGAUGAAAUGCUUGAUGAACUAGUUCCAACAUCUCAACAUGUUCUAACGAUCACAGGAGAAACGAGUACCGAUUCCUCAGAUUGAAAUUAAAAAUCAUUAAUAUUUAAAAAUUAAAAUCAAUAUCAUUCAUAUAAUAAUUGUUACUUAUAUUGUAUUGCAUUUAUUUAUUUAAAAUACACAUGUAAAUUCUUUUAUGAUAGUAUUUGUUCAUCAUUAAUUUAUAUUAAAAAAAUUAUCUGUAUCACUAUAAAAAAAAAUUAUUAUACUUUUUGCGUAAUGAUAAACACUACAGCACACUGUAUAUGCGAUGCGAUUAAUAUUAUCGGUGUGUAUAACCGAUGUUGCGCGCCGCUAGACGGUAAAGAGUGGGAGAAAUUGUGGUUCCGCGCUGUGGGCGGCGUCAGUCGGCUGCGCGAAACAAGUAUACUCUCUCGUGGAACAGAGUAUAGU